GGAGCACAGGAGCACAGGAGCCUAACAGACAGAAGAUCCAAAGUCUAUAAAACCUUGUCUUUCCCGUGGAAGUAUAAGACCAUACACCCCCAAACAAAGACAAAGGUCGCAGUAGCAAUCAUGUUCAACGACUUUGACAAGAGCACUAUCCCAGACCUCGCUGGCCGGGUCAUCCUCUUGACAGGAGGAACUGGCGGCAUCGGAGUUGAAAUCGUCGUCGAACUAGCCAAGCACAACCCAGGCCACAUCAUCUUCACCGGCCGCAACGCCACAUCUGCCGCUACCACCAUAAAGCGUGCCAAGGAACUCUCUCCACGCGCCAACAUAACCUUCAUUCCGUGCGAUCUUGCAAGCCUCACUUCCGUCAAUGCCGCCGCUGACAAGAUCAUCGCGACCUGUCCGCGUCUGGACGUCUUCCUCGCCAAUGCCGGGAUCAUGGCACAGCCGCCGGGACUGUCCGAGGAUGGAUACGAGGUGCAGUUCGCAACGAACCAUGUCGGGCACGCGCUGAUGACGCGGCGAUUGCUGCCGCUUCUCGAGAAGACGGCGGAACUGCCAGGGGCGGAUGUGAGGGUGAUUAUCACAUCGAGUACGGGGUGGCAUGGUGGAGUAAUGGAGUUUGAACCGCUGAAGACGAUAAAGGAUACACGGCCUGUGAUGGGUCGCUGGCAGAGAUACUGUGAUACUAAGCUGGCAAAUAUGUUGUAUGCGCGGGAGCUGGCUAAGCGGUAUCCGAAGCUGUUGUGCUUUAGUUUGUCACCGGGGGUUGUGGGGACGACGCUGGUGACGGAUCUAAGUUUGUUCGAUAGGGCGUUUGUGUAUGUGACGCAGCUUGGGAGGAUCAGGACGCCGGAGCAGGGUAGUUACUGCCAUUUGUGGGCGUUGAGUGUGCCGCGGGAAUCGAUCAAGGCUGGUGCUUUCUAUGAGCCAGUUGGCAAGCUGUCGACAUAUGAGAACGCGAGUAGCAAGGACCCUGAAAUGGCGGGGAGGCUGUGGGAGUGGACUGAGAAGGAGUUGGCGAGGUGGUUGAAGUAGGUUGAGUAGAUUGGAGUAGCUUGUCGAGGAAGAGAGGAGAGGAGAGGAAAGGAUACGAUGAUAGUGUUCUGAGAGAUGGACUUAGCUGUGUAAUUAGAUACUAUACCUGGUUUCGAUUGCGGCCAUGUUCCAUUACUGGUGGCUGACG